GGCAGCAGACCGAUCUGGAGAAGCAAGUGCAGAUAGCUUGAAGCUAACGCUAGCUAUCACAACAUCAACAACCCCAGUCUGGGGCUUUAAUCGGUCAUUAGCUUGGUAGCUAGUCCAAGGCUGGCUUCAGUGGUUAAACAUGCAGAAAUAUGAAAAGCUUGAAAAAAUCGGAGAGGGCACGUACGGGACAGUUUUCAAGGCUAAAAACAGAGAAACCCACGAAAUUGUGGCUUUGAAAAGGGUGAGGCUGGACGACGACGAUGAGGGGGUGCCCAGCUCUGCUCUGAGAGAAAUCUGUCUUCUGAAGGAACUAAAGCAUAAAAACAUAGUCAGACUACAUGAUGUUUUGCACAGUGACAAGAAGUUAACCUUGGUUUUUGAAUAUUGUGAUCAGGAUUUGAAGAAGUAUUUUGACAGCUGCAAUGGGGACCUAGAUCCUGAAACUGUGAAGUCAUUCAUGUACCAGCUGUUGAAAGGCCUUGCUUUCUGCCACAGUCGAAAUGUUCUUCAUAGAGAUCUGAAGCCGCAGAAUCUCCUCAUCAACAGAAACGGGGAGCUGAAGCUGGCUGAUUUCGGGUUGGCUCGAGCCUUUGGCAUUCCUGUGAGGUGUUACUCAGCAGAGGUGGUGACCUUGUGGUACCGGCCUCCAGAUGUGCUGUUCGGUGCUAAACUUUAUUCUACCUCAAUUGACAUGUGGUCCGCUGGAUGCAUAUUUGCAGAGCUGGCUAAUGCUGGAAGGCCUUUAUUCCCCGGGAACGAUGUGGACGACCAGUUGAAAAGAAUCUUCAGAUUGUUGGGCACCCCAACUGAAGAACAGUGGCAGACAAUGACCAAACUCCCAGAUUACAAGCCAUAUCCCAUGUAUCCAGCCACCACCUCACUGGUGAAUGUGGUCCCCAAACUAAGUAGCACAGGACGGGAUCUACUCCAGAACCUGUUGAAAUGUAAUCCUGUCCAGAGGAUCUCUGCAGAGGAGGCCUUGCAGCACCCUUACUUUGCUGAUUUCUGCCCACCCUAAAUGCUAAAUUGCCUCUCAGUGAACCUCAGCUGCCAGACUCAAUCAUCCUUCACUCUGCUGGUUUCAUUAGGACCAGUCCCAACAAGGCAAAUCCCUCACCGGUCUUCAAACACUCCCCUGCAAUUCAUUCUGUUGUGCCUCUUUGUGGAACAAAGUCCUAGUGGCUCUGCAAGGUUUUAGGCUAUUUUAGUUGCAAGCCAGUUUAAUUUGGUAGAUAAACACCUCCCAGUUAAUUAGCACUAAUGUGAGAGUUUGCACUAUGUGUUGCAUUUCAUAAAUUUUAUACCUGCAGAAAUGGUUCUUAACAAGAAGCCUUUCUUAUCCAAGAGAAUUAAUUUAACAUGUACUGGUUAUUUCUGACUUUUAAAUGGUUGACGAUGAAUGAACAAAGGCUCUUUGAAUCUGUGGCGAUAGGAAUCUAAAGUUCAAAGAGUUAGCAUCAGUUACCCAGACGGCCUUUCUGACCUGAUGGUUUCUGUUACUAUUAUAAUAGGUUUUGCAAAGCAGUUCUGCCAGUAUGCUUCCAUUAAUUGGGGUCUUGGUGGAGACUGAAGCCUGAUGGGUAAUGGAUUUUCGAGGCUAAUACCAAUAUCAAUAUUUUAAGAGUUAAAAAAAAUAAAAUCUGAUAACAUGUCAGCCAAUAUUCUUUUUUAAAAAAAUAACACAAAUAAUAAACAUUUAAACAUUUUCAAUGAGGAUUGCUUAAAUUUGGUUAUUAAAGAAUUUUCACCAAGAUACAUGUGUACUGAGUGGGAUAUUUUACAGCUGAAAAAUAAUCUUUUAAGUGCACACAGUUCGGCAGAAUAUGUAAUUGAGACACUUUCUAAAUGAUCUAAAAAAACAAAAACAAACAAACAUCUGGCAUUUUGGGGACUGAAGCUUGUAGGUACUUAUUGGUUGCGAUAUACGCUGAUACUGACAAAUCUGAAUUCAGCUAAUAUCCAUUGAUAUAUUGGUUCUAGUGGAGACCACAGAUUCCUGGGGCAGCUAAUGCCAAAAAUCCAUGGUUUAAAAAUAAGUGAUUUUAAAUUGAUCUGCCAGUUUUAGAAUCACAAGAGACUUUUUCUUUUUUCUUGGAGAACUGUAAAGGCUUAAAGUCAACAUUGCCCCCUUUUUUAGGUUUGUGUGUUAUCUGUAUAACACUAUUUAAUAAGUUUUUGUUUAUUUUCCAUAUUAUUUCCUCAGAGGUUUCCUGGUUAGAACUAUGUGAUUUGGUACUAAUGACAGGGAAAAUACUGCAGUGAUGUCUCUUAAAUAAGUUCUUCAAUGAAACCAGAGUAAAUAUUCAUCCAUUAUUCAAAUAUAUUGUAGGAAACUUUUUCUCUUAAUUUUCUAAAUUGUGUUUUUGUUUGCAGAGUUCACAUUUUUUGCUCUUUGUUAAUCAGAAUUGAUUGAUUGUACUAACUGAAACCUGUCUCCAUUGUGUUUUCCCUGUAAUUAGAUAAUAUAAUUAGGACCAAAGUACAUACCUCUAUCCUGGAAACAUCCUAGGAAAUGACAUAUGUAUUACUGUUAUUUUUUUUAUUUGUUUUCUUAACAGAACAGACUUCACAUUUCUAUUUCUGAUGUUUCACAUGCCAACAGUUCAUUAUCCCACCAACUAUUACAGAAUUGUAUAAAAGCAUGGGAAGCUAAUUUAUAAUUUUCUUUUUUGUUCUCAGGCUUUUUAUUUCCCAUUUUGUAUUUGAAUUUUGUGCACUUUGUACCUGACAGUUUGAUUUUCAGUCAUUUAGUUAUCGAUAUUAUUAAAUAUGUUGAACACUGACAGCCAGGAUUAUAGCCGGUUAUCAAUAAAUGGGCCAAUAUAUAUAUAUACACACAUCUUAUGUAUGUUAACGACCAGUGGACCAUGUGACACAUUGCUAUUGUUUGACAACAUGCUUAUCACAUCUCAGCUUUUCUGAAAUUCUUUUGUAAUAGUUAAGAUAGAGAUGAAAAAAAAAAUGCAGAUAAUCUACCAAUAAUCUGUAUUUUCAUAUGAUGAUUGUUUUGCACCAUUAGCUGCUUCCAUUUUGGUUACGUCUUAUGUUAACAUGGUUAACAGCUUGCAGUGUUAUUUUACUUCAGAUUAUUACAGUGCUACUUAUCCCAUAAAAGCCUACAUAAUGAGUUGUGUUUAAAGUAGCUGUCUUAAUAGGGAAAGGAUUUAUUUUCAUUUUGCUGAUGUAAGACAAGAUAAUGGAUGCAUGUAUUUAUUAAUGAUGGAAUGUCUGCUCUUUUUUUGGCAUUUUUCUUUUUUUAAAUGUAGCAAAACUUCAUUUGGUACAGAAACUCCUUUUGAAUGAUUUAAAUAAGACUCAUCUGUAGUAUUUAGCAGACUCUUUUUAGGAUUUAAAAAUGUUGAAGGUUGUUUGUGGAUUAAGUUUCUAAUGAAAAAAACACAAAAGCAGUAUUUCAUUUUCUGGUGAUGACAGGACAUUUCAAACUGCUGUAGAGUUACUUACAUACAUUUUAAUUUUUAAUGAAGAGUGGAUUUUGCACUUUGCUAGUAUCUUUGCUUUUUGUUGGUAGAACUUGGGAUGAAUAUUGUCACUUCUUUUUGUGUAUAUUUCAGCCAAUAAGACUCAAUAUUCAGUAAAGUCCACAUAAAUAUGUUUGCUGUUGA